UUCUCUCGAGGCUACAGAACUUUAAUUGGAAAGCACAGAACUAUAACGCUCUAGAAAGACUGACCGCAUUUAAACUGCAAUCCAGCCGAAAUGCGGGCCUAGGGCGGUAAAAUAGUGAUGCCUAUAAAGGCCUAUCACAGUUUACUACGGCCUUUUAGAGCAAGAGCCAGCGACGGCUAGACCUUUGUAAAAAAUAAUCUUUUUUAUUUUCGUAGAUAUUUUCAAAACGAGCCUAUUUUUCAUAACGGCUAGCCGUAAUGUAAUACGGCGGAUUAUGCAAUCCGUCUGCGACACAAACAUCUCAUAAAGCUUCUCAAGCAACAUAAAGAUUUAUCUUUCACUGCAUCCUCUUUGAUGCCACAAAAAUAAUCUGUAGUAAACAACUACAGUAUCACAUUUUGACACAUGUUUAUAUCAACUGGCAUAAGAAAUAUUUUUGAAAACUAUUAAUUAUUUUGAUGUUAUUUCGUACUGAAAAUGAGUGAAAGUUUGAGCACUCGAUCGAAAACUUUGACUGAAUCAGUUGAUACUGACACUACGGAAAAUCUAUCUGCAAAAACUUCAAUCUUCGAUAGAUGGACAAACAACAUAAGUUACCGGCAGCUCGUGGUCUCCUCCUGCAUCGGCAUCUUCCAGCUCUGGUGGCAUCCCUACCUCUACGACUUCAGGAAGCUGCUUCCUUUCCUCUUCCUCUACAACAUCUUCAGCAUCGUCAUAGGAUACCCGCUGUUCUAUCUGGAACUCGCGAUAGGCGUUGCCACCAAGAAAGGCGUACUUAACUGCUGGGAUUUGUCUCCGAUGUCUAGAGGCAUAGGCAUCGCGAUGCUCUCCAUCUGCGUGUUCAGCGCGCUGGCGGCGGGCGCGGCGGGCGCGUGGUGCCUGGCCCUCACGGUGCACUCUGUCCACACAUUCCUGCCGUGGCUGCACUGCGCGGCCGCCGCCCAUCCACCCUGCGCCGCUAGGCAUCGCCCUCUACCGGCGGGGAGUGAGACUCCUGCGCAGUCAUUCUUCUUCAACUUCGUGUUGGACCUAAAGCGAAACGGUCUGGAGGGCGGUUUGGGCAACUUGGUGUGGGAGCUGAGUACUUACUACGUCAUCAGCUGGGUGCUCAUCUACUUCGUCGUCAUCAAACGCAUGUACAGCUACUCCAAGUUGGUGUUAUUCAAGGACGUGUUAACAUACUUUGUGUUGGUGUGCGUGGCGGUGGGCGCGCUACGGCUGGAGGGCGCCGGACGCAUGUUCAAAGCCUGCGAUUGGGGCGUGCUGUUAGAGGGACUGCAAAUGUGGCGCGAAGCAAUGGAGUAUGCUCUAAUAGAGAUGUCGGUCUGCCAGGGGUCCCUCCUCAUGCUGGGCUCGUACUGCCCUCAGUCCCCACACAGACUCGGCUCCACCGCCUUGCUCGCCUUCGCCGUGUCGAAGUCCAGCUGCAUGACAGCCGCACUCGUUCUAGGAGCCACGCAUGGAGCUCUCUACAAGGACUAUGAAAAUGUUACUAAUAUAUGGCCAGGAACGUCAUCAGCCUCUAUCCUGUGGUCUGACUACGUAGCACGGAUACCCGGCAGCCAGUUCUGGUCCGCUCUAAUAUUCUUCACGCUUUUCGUCUUGUCAGUCACUACAGCGGCGCUGUUAGUUCAGACAGUGAUGUCGACGUUUACGGGACGGUCCAUCAGAAAGACAACUUGGGCUUUCCUUAUAGUCAUAUGCCUACUGUUUUGUCUAAUUGGCAUCAUCACUCUGUGUACACAGGGUGGGUUAUACAUACUGAAUUUCCUGAUGAACUGGCCGGCGACGAAGACUCGCGUGCCGAUAGCGGCGGUCGUGGCGACUGUGAUAACCUACAUUUAUGGUCAGACCAGAUUCUGUGAGGAUGUGUACUUCGCGGUCGGGGAAUACCCUAGUGUCUUCAUGAGGAUUUGUUGGGCGUUAUCGCCAGCUGUUAUGAUGUGCAUUUUUGCCGGCGGGUCUAGCUCAUGGCCGCCGGGGGAGGCUCUCGCGGGCUGGCUUCUAGUCGCCCUAACAGUUCUGCCUAUAGGCAUCGUCAUGCUCUUCUACGGGAUCUUCAAAUGCAGAGUCAGGAAUAUCGUGCGAGAUGAAAAAUGAUUGUGAAAGAAUAAGAAGUUGACGUGAACAUUUUCUCAAUUUCGUAGUUGACAUCUUUAUUUCAAUGUUCGUCAGGUAGAUUAAAUGAAUAAUAUCGAGAUGAAAGUUAUUAUUGAACCCGAUUAAAGUUAUUUUAUUCAGAUAUUAUCAGACAUACUUACUCGUUAAAGAACUCGAACUUUAGAUUUGCAAAAAUGCGUGUCGAAUAUUCUUAUAUAGCUGAGAAAAUCAAUAUACCUUUACGUUUCUUACCCAGUCAACACCCCGUUUUUCGACAAAUAAAACAUUGGAAUCAGAAUGA